UUUUCAAAAGUUAUUGACUAUUUCAUUUUCUUAUUUACAGAGCAAAUUAUGUACAUAGAUUUAGUUGCACACCCCAUUUAAAAUCUAUUUGGAAUAUAAUGUACCUUGAACACGGACGGGUUAAAAUCACGCAGUUCAAGGUUUAGAGAAAAGACCUUCCAACUGCGGUGCACAUAUUUAAAAAACAUGAUAUAACUCAAACAGCUGUACACCGGCUAAGUCGAUCGGGGUAUAUUAAUGGUUUGUCAUCUGCACAGUUUUAAUACGAGGACCCUAUUCAUGACAAAAUUGGACAAACAAGGAUGAGAAACUCAAAACAGAAGUCUACUCCAAAACCCAGUGUGAAGUAAAGGCUGUUGAUUCAAAAGGUGUUUCACAAUCUGAUUAAGGAUGCCCAGAUCAAGGACUAUGGACCUUGGGGGAUACACUUCUAGGCGGUCAAUGCUUGAUAGAGAGAAGGCGGUAGAUGGUGCUCGCAACCCUGGUGCUAGUAAGUUUGGGCAUUCUCUUGCUGAAAUUAACUCCAAAAAGGACAAGAGUCUAGUUCGUGAACUACGCAAGAUUGAACACGAGAUUAAAAGCAUGAGUCUGCAAAUGAACCAACGAAAGAAGACCUUUGUAAAAUCUUGUCAUGUGUUGAACUAUGAUCCCAUUAUAUUAGUUGAACGACCACCGUCCCCGGAAAUGAGAAAGAAGGCUUUAGCAAUGUCGAUGGGUUUGGAUGAAGAAGAAUACAAUGAACAUUUUGAGAACGAGAAGGUUCCACACUAUAUGCAUCAGCUCAGAUCCAAACAGAAGACUCCCUCAACAUUACGUACUAUAGAUGCGUUUACAAUUAAAAACAAGAAAAAGAAGAAUAUAUGGGAGGACGCGGUUGAGCAAAAUGAUGCCCCUGUGUUCCAUAGUACAGUGAGACCUUGCUAUCAACUGACCAAACGAGAACAGAGUGACUUACAAAUGGGCUGGGCAUUACACAAACCCAGACUAACCCCUGAUAGCGAGGUUCAGAGAGAGGGACUAGAAGACUACCGGAAGUCAAAAACCCCGCCUCGUUCUAUCACACCCAAGUCACGUUCCUCCACUGCUGACCACCAAGCCAAUGCCAAAUCGAUUAAAGUAGUUGGGGAUGUUAAUUUACCAAAAGACUUUCAGGGUGAUAGUGAAGAUGAGUUCACUCCAUUUAUUACACAAAUGGCGAAAGUUCGAAACCACAAUUCGACGUCUAAAGCGUCUAAUAACCCACCAAAAGGCUAUAAACGAGACCCUCUGGUUAUUAGUAUGAAAUCUGUUCGCUUUUCAUCAAGCAUUCCCAAUACUCCCGUGCAAAAGAAACGUCCAAAGUUAGCUGCCACUAAAAUUGCAUAUUAAUUUCAUAAAUGUAUAAUUGUUAAAAUCAGAUUGUGUCGUACAAAAACUGUUUAUAUUCGAAAUAAACUUCAGAAGAACUGUUA